UCUUUCACACUUUCUCACAGCUUUCUUCUUCCCUCUUAUUGUAUACCUUAACUGUGACCUACCUCAACACUCUGUCUAUAUAUCUUGUCUAACUUUUCAAUCUAUUCAACAAUCAAAAUCAAAUCUGAAAUCUUUUCCUCUUCUUCUCCCUUCUCCUUCUCGUAAAAACUUAGAUUUGCUUAUAGAAAUAUCAUGUCUGCUGCCGCUGCUGCUGCGGCUGUAGUUACUCGGCCAUCCCAUUCCUCUGCUCGACGCUCUACUUCUUCAUCCUCCUAUUACAAUGAUGAUUUCAACCAGGACAGUUCAUACAAUACCCAAAUCAAUCCUUUUCUUCAAACUGCUCAAACUCCUGAAGGCGAUUAUUAUUAUGAACUUUACCAAAACACGGUUCUCAAACAGUUGAGAAGUUAUGAGAUUUCUCUUGGAGAGUUGCAUAAUCUCCCUGCUACUCGCCAUCAAGUGAAAAACUGGAGUCAAUUGCAGCCUAGAACUACUUCAUCGAGAAAAUCUAUUUGGUGUCGGGAAUUCGAAACCUGUAUAAAAAGUUUUGGGUCAGAAAAAAGGAAGAAAGACAAAGAAGAAAUUAUGGAGCUUAAUUUCUUCUGCAAUUUGGUGGUCAAUUUGGAUUGGAUGAAAAGGAAUAAUAGGUUCCUGCGACAAAUCAAAGAAUAUGGGUCGAUUCAUUCGAUUGCUUCUCACUGGAAGUGAUAUCGUUAUCUUGGUGUUCAACCACCAAGAUUCUCAGGGAUUUUUACGUUUAACACUGCUCGUUCUAUAAUUGAGAGGGGUAUAGACUGUAUAGUUGGGUCUAACAUGUAUAGGUGUGUGUGUGUGUGGUCCUUGUUUUUGCUCCAGCCUGAAUAGCAACUACCUUCGCAGAUGGCCUGGUAGUUUUUUCCUUUCAAUAAAUGUCAAAACAAAGGAGCACAGAACCUUUUUCCUAUUGUUUACAUGUUCAUAUCAAUUACAGUUAUAUAGUUGUUUUCUGCAACUGAAUUUAAGGAAUAAUAAGAGCUUGUACGAGUAAUUCUUUUUUGA